UGACCAGCUGGAUAGGCGCCAGCAAACCAAACACGGCGAACUCGACGCGUCUGAAACACUGUCCACGCGCCGCUCGGCCGGCUGAUCACUGUGGCAGCUCUUAAGACGACUGCCCCCGCCCGUCCGCUUGCGAACGGCGCCGAAGCACCCCAGAGCACAGGCUAGAGCCUCACCACCAUGUCCAAAGUCACCUUCGCCAUCGUGGCCGCCGCCGGAGCCGCCACGGGCGCAGCAGCCACCGCGGCGCUCUGGUCGACGAGGAAGGAAGCGCCCGCGACCGUCGUCACAACCACCACGACGACCACUGGCGCGGGCAUGCAGCGAGCGCCUCCGCCGCCUCCGUUGCCCGUGGCCCAGCAUCCCCAUGCCCCGGUCCAGAAGGCUCUCGUCGACCCCAGCGGCAUCUUCCAGUACGGCUUCCCCGGCCCCGUCAACGACCUCCGCCCCGCCGCCUCCCUCACCUCCUCCUUCGACCGCCGCACGCGCAACCCGCACUGGGUCGCCGAGCACAUCACGCCCGAGUCCCUCGCCAACAACCACGCCGACCGCAAGCACUCCGUCUUCGUCGAGGAUGUCGCCAUCCCGGACAUGUUCCGCGCCAAGCUCAAGGACUACUUCCGCAGCGGGUACGACCGCGGCCACCAGGUCCCCGCGGCCGACGCCAAGUGGAGCCAGACCGCCAUGGACGAUACGUUUGCGCUGAGCAACAUGUGUCCGCAGGUCGGCGACGGGUUCAAUCGGGAUUACUGGGCGCAUUUUGAGGAUUUCUGCCGAAGGCUGACCAAGAGCUACCCCAGCGUGAGGAUUGUGACCGGCCCGCUUUACUUGCCGAAGAAGGAGGCCGACGGGAAGUGGCGCGUGUCGUACGAAGUCAUCGGGUCACCACCGAACGUCGCCGUGCCGACGCAUUUCUACAAAGUCAUUUUCGCCGAGGACGGAAGGCUGGGCGGAAAUGUAGCGCUGGGCGCCUUCGUGCUGCCGAAUGCCGUCAUCCCAAAUACCAAGCCGCUGACGGACUUCGAGGUCCCCGUCGAGGUGGUGGAGCGCGCGAGCGGGCUGGAGUUUGCCAAGAAGCUCGAGCCCGCGAGGCGGAAGAGGCUGUGCCAGGAGGUGAAUUGCUCGGUUAUUAUCAAAGAGUACGCGCAGAGGCAGAAGAGCUUUGGGAAGGGGCAGUAGAAUGACACCUCGAUGAGUUGUCGUUUUGGCGUACCGGGCGUCCGGUAGCGUACCAAGUAUGCAUCGCGUACAUUGGGAUUUCUCGUGUGCAUUCUUCAGGCAUAGCACUUGUACACAACAUCAGCGUAGCAUCGCGUAGCAUAGACGGCGUCGGCGACACAUCCAGCGCAUCAAUACUAAACUU